AUGGCGCCUGCCAUCAUCAACAGCCUCUUUGGCCGGCCCGAUGUGGCGUCGCUUGGGCCGCUGGCUGCGCGCUCGGUCCUUCUGGCUCGGGCUCCGGCUGAGCAGGAUAGAAACCCAGCAGCCGGCGCACUCCGUCCCCAAGAAAUCAACAACAACGCAGUUUUUGCCGUGUUCGGCCUAAUUGGCGCCGCCUUCGUUGUAGGAGGCAUCUGGUUUUUCUUUUGGGCAAAGAACGGCGGCUUUUAUUUCAAGAAGAACGAUUGGGAGGAUUACAAGUCGACGGUGCUCCGGCGCAAAGGGCCCAACGGCACCAUAUACUCCGACGCAACGCCCAGUACAGUGCUGGGUGGCGGCAGCGUGUACAAGGACGUCGACGAUGGCACAACCACCAUUGGCGACGAUCUGACCACGGUCGUGAGCGCUACUACAGGUGUCACCGGCAUUACCGGCGGCGUUUCCGACAUUUCGGGCCGGGAGAAGCGGCGAAAAAAAAGGGAGCAAAAGGAGCGCGAAAAGGAGCGCCGACGUGAGAAAAAAGCCCGUGAAAAAGCGGAGCGCAAGAACAAGUCCCGCCGUAAAGUUGACGCAGAGGGCGUCAUCGUCGACGAGGAGGCCGAGGCCAUGGCCCAGGAACAGCUGCGCAACUACCGUCACGAAAAGCCCGCUCGCGUGGGCGGUCUAAACCGCGAAUCAGAGGCCUCCACCUGGGACGGCUCGACGAACCCAAGCUGGUCGACGGCGAGCCCGAGCCAUGCGGCCGAGUCCACCACCGACACAGGCAGCACCGUCACCUCUGAACUUAUCAGCAACCGCCAGCGCACGCCGACUAGCACGCCUACCAAAAAGGACGCGAGCGAGCGCACAGGAGGCGGCAUCCGGAAAGUCUAUUCGACGGCCGACAAAAACGCUAUGCGCGAGAACGAGCGCAUCCGCGCCGAGGCCCGCCGCCUGCAGGAGAAGGGACGCGCAGCUGCCUCUGCCUCGGCAUCGUCCAACAUCCGCCGAGACUUUAGCUUCACGCGCGGCGCCGACGAGACUAUGGCGCUGCGGCGCAUCGACGAGGCGCCCGGCGAGAGCGUCGUCAGCGGGUCGUACGUCAGCGAGAGCACCAUCAACGACUACUCGGAGAGGGAAAGGCGCGCUCGGUCGCGCUCACGGCACAGGAAUGCUGCCGCGGCGCCGAGCGAGGACUCGCGGGUGCCGGGGAGCUGGGUCCCCAGUGAGGUCGGCUCUGCGAGCGACGUCGGCACCAAGGUGUACACGCACUCGCAUCAUAUUCCCGUGGGCGGCAGCUCGGUGGCGGGCAGCUCGGUGACCGACUUUGCGUACGCCGAGGAGAAGCGGAAGAAGAGAGGUGGUGCUGGGGCGAGGAGGAACCGGGAGAACGCUGCCUGA